AUCCAAAUAAAAAAAGUUAUGAAUCUCCUUCCUAUAAUAUUUACAACAAUGAAACUAUACCACAUAAACUGGCUUCCAAUGGUGUUUCUGAACCUAUAAGACCAACUGUUGACAGUCUGUUGGAUGAAUUACAAAGUUCACUACCUGACACACCAAAACACUCUAGUGUAAAGUAUAGCCAGAGUACACAAUCACCAAUGAUAAAUUCUGUGAGUUCUUAUCCACCUCAUCCUCAAACUGUGGAUGCUGCUGCUCCUGCUGCAUCUUCUGCCACUAAGGAGUUAGAUGAUCUUAUGGCUUCUCUCUCAGAUUUCAAACAUACACAGCCCAACAAGGCUUCCGAAGCACAGUACGCCAAACCCCAGAAGGUCAGCAGGUCACCAACUGGUAGUGGUAAAGGUGUUGACCAGUUGGAUUCUAUGCUUGGUACUUUACAAUCAGACAUGAGCAAACAAGGUGUCAACACUAGCCCUAAAGGACACUGUACUGCUUGCAAUAAACCAAUUGUUGGGCAGGUUGUUACUGCAUUAGGAAAAACAUGGCACAAGGAGCACUUUGUGUGUGGACAUUGCCACCAAGAACUGGGAACAAAAAACUUCUUUGAAAGAGAUGGUGUACCUUAUUGUGAAACGGAUUACCACAAUAUCUUCUCACCUAAAUGUGCAUAUUGUAACGCAGCUAUUCUCGGGAAAUGUAUUACUGCAUUGGAUAAAACAUGGCAUCCCGAACAUUUCUUCUGCACUCAGUGUGGAAAGCAGUUUGGUGAAGAUGGCUUUCAUGAAAAGGAUGGCAAACCUUACUGCAGGGAAGAUUUCUUGGACAUGUUUGCUUUGAAAUGUGCUGGCUGCAAUCGACCCAUCACAGAUAACUAUAUAUCUGCCAUGAACAGUCAGUGGCAUCCUGGAUGCUUUGCAUGUUUUGAUUGUCGCCAGCCAUUCAAUGGUGGAAGUUUUUACGAUCAUGAAGGGCAACCAUACUGUGAACUUCAUUACCAUGCUAAAAGAGGAUCUUUGUGUGCUGGCUGUCAUAAACCCAUUAGUGGCCGCUGUGUUACUGCUAUGUCCCGAAAGUUCCACCCUGAACAUUUUGUGUGUUCCUUUUGCUUGAAACAGCUCAACAAAGGCACUUUCAAAGAACAGAAUGACAAGCCUUACUGCCAUCCUUGUUUUGAGAAAUUGUUUGCUUAAAAACUGUCUUUUCCUGUUAACUUUCAGCCAAAAGCUGAUAUUUUGAACUGAAGACUCUAUUCUGUGACAUUGAAGUUCUUUUUGAGAACUGCUUUGUUUUUCAAACCAAAAUUUGGGGCUUCUAUAUGAGAAUUUGGAUUUUUAGUCAAAUCCAUUUACUGGGGUUAGUUUUUCUGAGCUUUGUAAAAGUAGUUAAGCUGUAUGCUUGAAAUGAUGGUGAAAUUUGUAUUUUGGGCUGUAACCAUUAUUGUUUUGUUUUCUAAGAGCAUUUAAAUUUUUCAUGUAAAAUAACUGGUCAGCUCUCAAAUCCGCCAACACUUUCACAACAUUUAAGAUGUAAACAAUGAAAUUUGCAAGUAAAUGUUGAGUAGGAUGGAAACAUCAAUGUUAAAUACUGAAAAAAAGGAAUUUGUUUUUAUUUUGGGGUUUAAUUUACAUAAAAAUGAUUUGAAUUAAAAGUUUCAUAAUUUUUUUAUGCUGUGCUUUAUUGGUAGCCAUAUUGCAGGUUUCACUUUUAUGCUUACUUUUUUGCAUACGUUUUAUUAAUUUAUCAUUUACUUUAAAUAGUCAUUGUACCAUUUAAACAUACGAUAAUGUGUACAUCAUAGAUCUGGAAUAUAUAUAAUUACAUAAUUACACUAAAACUAAAACAUGAGUCACUAUUAGAAAAAAUUAGAACAUCAAAAUUAUUAGGACAGAUAAAGAUCAUGAAUUAAAAUGCAUAAAAAUCUCUUUCCUUUCAGAAUAAUUUCAUUAGAUACAUGUUACAAUAUCAUUUUCUUUCAUAUGUUAAUAAUGGCUUCUAUGAAAAUAAUUGUGAUGAUUUUGCAAUAUAUCAGUUAAAUAUGCAAAUUUCUUGGUCCCCAAGUUGUGCGGGUUUGAGAUGACUGCAGUUGCAUUUUUGUCCAGUUUCUGUAAAUACAGUCUUUUUAAAAAUGUAUUCCUCAAGCUAAAUGUUAAUAAAAGGAAGCGAAGAAAUAAAUAACAUUCUUUUUUAUAUUUACUUGGAAAAGCAGUUUCUCCAGAUUCAUGUAGUAGCAUCAGAGCUGAGGUGGCACUAACAAAUCCUAUUCAGAAUUUUGAUCCAAAACAUCAUUUUAAAUUUUCUUUUGAUGUGUGAAUUUUGAGCUGCAAGAAGUAUCAACAUUGAAGAGUGGACAUUUAAUCACUGCAACAUGUAUUUAAUAAUCUUAUCAUUGGUUUUGUAAAUAUAUGUAUCAUUGCAUAAUUGUUUGAUUCAAAAAUUUCUUAGAUUUUAUAUGAACUAUUAAUAAGGUUGAAGGUUGAAAUAAAAUUUGGCAGAAAAGGUGAAAGCCCCUGAAAGUACUGAUACUGGAGUUUUUAAUUGAAUUUAAAGAGAAAAAAAUUUCAUUGUUGUGGCUCGAACAUAUUUAUUUGCAGAAUAAAUAUCCUUUUUUAAUAUUAUGCAAUUUAAAAGUUUAAUAGAAAAUAAAGGUAACCCAUGCAAAAAUUUUAAGCUUAAGUGUUUCAUUAAGCUCUAGUUGCUAAUGAAUUCAUUUAUUUUAGAUAGUUCUUAAAUUUUAUAUUGCUUUUUUUUCUAUAUAGAAAGGUACAAAACACAAAGGUUGUAUUGUGUGUUUCUUUUCUUGUGUAUUUAUGUAUAGUAAAAGCUUUGAAAUAUUACUUUCCUAUAGCUUGGUUCAUUAGAAAUGCUUGACAAUAAAGUGAAAUUGGCAUCAUUUAAAUUUAUUAAACAUUAAAUGGGUGUUUUAUUUUCCCCGAAACCGCAGAAAAGUUUGUGCAGCAUUAAUGCUAGCCAAGAAAUUUCCUUUUUAAAAUUUAAUUCUUGGCUUUGAAUUCUUUAUUUCUUUGUCUUCAGCAAACUUCCAGUUCAAAAAUAACUUAUGCUGUCACCUAACAGUUCAAAAAACCAAAGUCAUACUGAGUUUGAAAGCAUUUAUUUUACCUUGAGAACACUGAGGCUAAUGAAGGGUAAAAAUCUUGAACUAAUUAUUUUGUACUAUAAUUGGUGUUACUUUGGUUUAAUGUUUGGGGGAGGUGGGGGGGCAAAUAUUUUAUGAAGAUUAAAUUUUAGUAUGAAAAUAAAGAUUUAAAAAUUUUUGUUUUAAACAAAGCAAUGUUUUCAUCAACAUAUGCAUUUUUAUCCACUUAAUUUAAAAUAGUAAUGCAACUCCUAAAAUGCUUCUGAAUCUUUUAAUUGAAUGUGCAAUAAUUUGAAGCUAUAUUGCAAUUUAGUGAAAUGCAAAAUUUGGUUAUAUUUUCACAUAAUGCUUAUUACUAGUUUUACAAUUUACUUAUUUGUUUCCUUGGCACUAAACUGUUGACAUGCAAACAAUUCUUUUGCACACUUAUUAAAAAAUCAAAAUUGUCAUAAUCAAAAUAUUUUACUACAUUCUGUAUUUACUUUCAAAAAAAAAAAAAAAAAUUAAUGUGAAGAAAUGCUUAAUUUUUUGCUCAUUUAUUCCUUUAUCAAAGAAACAAUUCUUAUCUUUUUCUUCAAUUUCUGUUAGAUUAUUUAAUUUAAUACAUUUGAAUGUACUUAUUUUCCCUCAAAUUGUUACAAGUUACAUUAAUUAAUAUUGGUAUUUAAAUUACAUGUUUUGAAAGUAAAUUUGUAUUUUAUUGUCAGUGUGAAAAAAAUAUAACUGCAUAAACUUUCAAAAUUUAAUAAUAAGAGUUUAAUAUUUUGAAGCUGGUCUGCUCAGUGCUUUUGUGGUAGUUUAAUUAUCAAUAGAAAUUAAUAAUAACUAACAAAUGAGAGAAUUUUAAUUUUCUGUGCAUUCUAAUAUGAUUUCUGUUUAAACUCGUUUUUGAAGUAAUCAAAUGUGCCAUAAAUAUUUAUAUAGCUUGUGUAAUGAUUCUGAAUAGAUUGAUAUUCCAUGUGUGAAGAAAAUAUUUUAAUUACUGUUAUACAAUCAAGACAAGACUCGAGUUUCUGGUUUCUUUACACCACAAUGUAUUCUAUUGCAUUGAGGAUUUAUUGUUGAUCUCUUAAAAGAUGUACUUUAACAAUAAAGAC